GCUUUGCGUAUUAGCAUUCAGUACUGAAAUGUUGGUCGUCGAAGAAGUCGGAAUGUAGUAAGAAAUCUGGUAGGGAAAUAUGACGGCUUUGCAGCCAGUUUUCCCUUUGCAAGUCUGCAGGCGACUUGAACGACUACUUUUACAGUUGCCCAAGAUACGACGUUUGCGAUAAUACAAGCUCCGUGUGGAAUAUUUGCAUUGAUUACCCUUGCUACUUGGACACUGUUUUUCAACAUGGCGCCCGGUAGUGCUAAACAUUACAGGGGAGGGGAGUCCCUUCCCCUGGUUGUUCAUGUUAUUUUAAUAUUCUGUUUCAUUGGAUUUUCUUAUCAAGAUGACCAUAAUUGGAUAGGAAAAUCACAAGGUGGUUCAGGGAGAAUAAAGCUUCGCAAUUUUGAUACCAAGCAUCAACGGAGGACUGUUGAAAUAACAGAUGAAGGAUAUUUGACAGACAAUAGACAGGAGACUGUCAGUCCCAAACAGUUGGGAGGAAUUGUCAUACAAGCUGAAUCUGAAAAACUGUCAGCUGGACUUCGUUGGCUUAGUAAUGAUGAAAUUGGAAUUACUAAGAUGCAGGCCAUCUUUGAUUCAUUGCCAUAUUCAAAACAUCCAAGCAGUGAAAAGGACAGAUUGAAUAAAAUUGCUGAAUUGCUUCGUUCUCGAUUAAUCGGGUAUUUAAGAGUAUUACGGACGAUAAAGAUAACAGUACAGCAUUUAUACAGCUUUCAUCUGAAACAAGCUAUUACCCAACGCCUGGAUUGUUGCAAUUUACCUUACAGGGACUUCAAAGCGGACCCUGCUUAUGGAUGUCGCAUAUCUCGUUUAACAAGCUGUGAUCUGAUUCCACCAAGUUCAGACCCCGGAGAUUUUAAUCCUGGCAGGAAUCUUACUGAAGUUUGGAGCUCUAAUGUCCAGUACUUUCCUAGUGUCAAAUGGCAGUACUUCAUCUCUGCUUCGGGUAUCCACAAUGAAUACCCAGCAAAUGGUUUCCGCUGGGCGGAGGAUUGCCGCAAUGUUCAUGAUACCAGACACAGAGAUGUGUUCUUAUCAACAAUCCAGCCACAACGAAAGCAUGUUGUGAUUGUAGUGGAUCAUGGUAAUGCCAUGAGUAUCACCCAGUUACGCACAGCAAAGGCUAUUGCACUGCAUCUUCUGCAGUCCUUUUCCGAGAAUGACCGUAUUGCUGUGGUGGGACUUGCGGCAACAACAUUUCCUCGUUCUGACAGCUGUCUACCUCAUGCAUUGGUGCCAGCUACUGUUGAAACCAAAUUCUACUUCAGCAAGUUUGUGGAAGAUCUUGAGAAACAAGACACUGCUACUAACCACACCCUGGGCUUUGAGACAGCCUUUCAGCUCAUCCACAAUACUUUCAGGAAAGGCAAGAUGUUGUCAGACAGAGCUCUCAUCCUGUAUGUGAGCCGAGGGUUGCUGUCCUCUCUGACUGAAGCCCGGGAUGUCAUGGACAUGAUUGCUAUUCACAAUGCCCAGAUGGGGCACAAGGUCAUCAUCAACACAUAUGCUGUCAUAGAUGAUGGUAAGCCCAUCAUGUAUGAGAAGAGCUUCCUACAAGAUAUCGCAAACCAGAACUUCUCCAAGUAUGAUGUCCGAUACAGGCUGAAGAUACCCGUCAUUAAGGGUGUCAUGCUGUCCAUCAACAACACCAGAGACCUCAGCUCCACAGUGGGAAGGUUCUAUCUGCCUCUCAAUCGGACAGCAAAGGAGGACCCUGUUUUUUCUCUACCCUACAUAGAUGAGGCUGACAGAGGCCUGACUAUGAGCAUCAGCCAACCAUGUUUCCCCAAUGUGGGUGAUGUGAACCACCUGAUUGGCAUGGUGGGUGUGGACCUGCACAUGGAAGACAUCGUCCAGGAUAUCACCUACUACAACCCAGGAGAUGGCUCAUAUGCAUUUGUUGUCACAACUGAUGGUUUUACAAUUAUGCACCCAUCCUUUGAGCGUCCGAUCCGUACCAGUGUCCAGCCAAUGCAUACAGACAUUCGGCACUUUGAAAAUUAUGAAGGAUUUGAAGAUAUCCCGAGAUCCACGAGGAAGGGGGAGGAGAGACUGCUCCUGGGGCUGCGGAACCACACCAACCUGGAGGGAGACAUCAUUGAGACACAGCACUUCUGCAAAUACCUCUGGAAUAAGGUGGAAAAUGUGCCAUACAUUGUCGUCAUCAAGGUGCUUGAGGAACGCUCCGAGACCCGCCAGCUCAAAAACAUCCACAUCCACAGCCAGCCUGACCUGGUGUAUCAUCGUAUUGACCUGCUCCCCACAGAGAACAUGUGUCUCCACCUCAAGCAGCUGGCCACUGUCGAUAUCAGCACUGUGUUCAUGUCCCCAAGUAGCUUUGUAAGUCCAUUUGAACACCUCAGUCAGGAUGAAAACAAGAGAACAGUCCAAAUGUAUCUGGCCUACUUGAAAGAUGACACAAGACUCAUCACCAACCCAGGUCUUAAGGUUGCUGUGCGUAAUGAUGUUGCAGCCAGCAGUCGGAUCAACUCAGAGUGGAUCCGCAGAUACUCCACCAGUAGACUGAAGGACUACAUCAUCCGCAGGUAUGUGGCCACUCCGAGUGGUGUGUUCCGGAUGUUUCCAGGGACACUACUAGACAAAACAUUUGAUCCAACUAAACGCUCAUGGUACACACGAGCUAUGGAGUUCCCAGGGCACGUGACUCUUACAGCGCCAUACUUGGAUGUUGGUGGUGCCGGCUACAUUGUCACCAUCAGUCACACCAUAUUUGAGGGAAAACCAGCAGCACUGCAUAGCCCUAAGGACCGUGUGGUUGCUGUGAUGGGCAUGGACAUCACUUUAGGCUACUUCCACAAGCUCCUGUCAGAGAGCAUCCCAGCCUGUGAACAGCCCACAGUCAGGUGCUUCCUGAUGGAGGACAAGGGCUACCUGGUGGCUCACCCUGGGCUCAUCGACCCCAACGGAAAAGGACCAGUAGAGCAGCAGCAUAUCACACACAAGGAACCUUUGGUUGCCAAUGAUAUAUUGUACCACACUGGCUUUGUGCAGAAGAAAGUGUGCAACAAGUAUAAUGACCGGACAGUACAGAGAUUUUACAAUUUCAACACCAGCCUGAAUGGAGUGCUCACCAACAUGGUGCAUGGAGAGCAUUGUGCUAGAUAUCAGAUGACACACAUCCCUGGAACAAAUGCCUUUCUUGGUAUUGUCAACCAUACCUGUGAGACGGCCACUGCAUUCUGUCCAUGCAGCAUGGUGGACAGGCUCUGUCUUAACUGUAACCGCAUGGAGCAGAAUGAAUGUGAGUGUCCAUGUGAAUGCCCACUUGAGAUGAACCUGUGUACAGGGGAACUGAUGGACUUCGAAGACCUUAACCCAAGCUGCUUCCAUGCCCCUGAGGAGGAGCGUCUGGUUGUUGCUGAGCCAGUUAUUGUGGAAGAUCUCCAACAAUGUUACCAGCCUCGAUGUGACCAGCGCAAGUCCAAGAUGGACUGUAUGGGUGUGUUGGACUGUGAGUGGUGCCAGCUACAGGCAAAUGGCAAUACACGGCUCAAGACUCCCUACUGUGCUAGUCAGAGGGAAUGCUUCGGUGGAGUGGUCGGAGCACCAACGCCAUAUGGAGAUGAAAUCAAUGCCAUGGAACAAGAGUUUGACCCCAGCAAGCCAAAGAGUACCCCAGUUGGGCCUGUAGCAGGAGGGAUCAUGGGCUGUUUUCUCCUAGUGGCCCUGGGAGUGUACUGUUACCGCCACCAUGUGCACCGCAACUCUCACCAUUACAUUAGCACACUACCAGACAAUCAAAACCGAAUGUCCCACUACUACAAUGAGCCUGAUGACCCAGAGCCAACUGAAGAGCCAGGAGCAGGACACACUAACUUCGUGUUGGCAUCAUUCGAAAACCCAGCCAGUAUUUCUCCAUAUCGAGUCAACACAUCCUACCGCCGUCCUGCUGGUGGUGAUAGUGACCAUGGCUACAGUACAAUGACACCACAUGAAGACAGUGAGCAUGCAAGUUUGCCUUGCCUAGAACCUCUUCUUAUUGGCAAGGACAGAUACAAGCCUCAUGGCCUCACAAAGACUCCUAUGUUGCCCCCACCUCCAACAACCAGUAGGCGCAGUCGAAGCCCUACUCCACCACAGACUAGACUGUCCACAUACAUGCCCAUACCAGAACAGACUGUCAUACCCUCUGAGUCAAUAUUGGGGCCGACUACAGUGAUUGCCGAAGCCCCACAUAGUGUUAUUGCCAAUGUGCAGGUACACAUGGUGGACACACACUGA